GAUAGACUCAGCCACAGAGGGAGAGGGAGUGAGAAGACAAAGCCGUCAAAGCCCCAACAGCUUUUUCUCCAGCCCAGAGCAGACGCCGGAGCCCACUCCUUCCAUCUUUGGAACACACCAGUAAUUCACUAAUAACAGGAAGUUAUGAGGGACCCCGUGAGUAGCCAGUACAGCUCCUUUCUUUUCUGGAGGAUGCCCAUUCCAGAACUGGAUCUGUCGGAGCUGGAAGGCCUGGGUCUGUCAGAUACAUCCAUCUACAAGAUCAAAGACAGCAGCGCUGGCAAAAUGACCGGGCAAGCAACUGGAGAACAGGAGAAAAACUCCGAAGGCGAUGCCCUCCUUGAAUACAGCACCUUCAACUUCUGGAGAGCUCCCAUUGCUAGUAUCCACUCCUUUGAAUUGGACUUGCUUUAAGCCCAAGACUUCUCUCUCCCACCACCUUGUCCUUACCAUCUUCCCUCUCAAGCCCCUUCCUUUCCACCCUUUUCUCCUAUUAAUCUUGCUCUCUCCCCUCUAUUGUGUUGAGGUGGUGCUGAUGAAUCUGCCAGAGUUGUGUUGUAUUUAUUUAUUUAUUUAUCUAUCUACUUAUUUAUCUAUCUCUCUAUCUUAUCAGUUUCUCUUAAAAGCCCUUAAGCCUUGAAGAAAAGGGUUCAAGCAGUGGAGUAUUGGAUCACAGGGAUUCCUUCUUUCCCCUCCCCAGAUACUAAUUCCAGAUAACAGGCCUGGUGGGGGCACCAGAGAGUAGUACAGUGGUACAAAAUGGAGGACCGAUUUUUUACUUCAUUUUAAUCAGCCUUAGAGAUUGAUCAAACCUAAUUUCCUGCUCUGAAUCAGUAAACACAAAUCUUCCUUCCAGAGUUGAUGAAAACCUUAGAAGUUUUAAUUUGAGAUUAUCUGCUACAAGACAGUAGGAUUUCUAAAAGGCUAAGGUGAUAAGUCUCUUGCUAUUUGAUCCUGCUCCUUGUAAUACACUUUUUCUCAGAGAAAUUGGGGGUAGUUAAAAGUAUAAAACAAGAGGAAAUAAUACAUCAUGGAAAAUUAAAAUAAGGGAAAGCAUUGAAUCAUUUCAGAAAUAACUACAUUCUCAAAAGGGUGUUCCUCCUUCAAGCCUACUCACUUUAUAACCCUGCUCCUAACUAAAAACUCUUGAGGAAAAUGACUCCAAUUUCAAUUCUUAAGAUGCGAUCUUACUGAAUACUAUGAUAAUUUGUAAGGUUUUGACUCUGUUUCUAAAAGGCAUAGAGUUUGGCCUUUAGUGUUUUAGUCUUGCCCUUCAUCUGCAAUGUAUAAUACUCAUCAGUGGGCCUCAGGCACAGUUCUUCAGCUACCUUGAGACCAUGAAAUAAUCACAUUAUAACCCUACACCUUGUCCCCCCAUUCCUUCCAAAAUUAUUGCUGCUGAUUUGUGCUGCCACUUACUCAUUUCUUUAAUAAAGACAUUCAAUCCCAUGA